UUCAUAUAGUUGAUGAGCACUCCCAAGUGUAUUUUGUCUAAUUCAAUGUAAAUUAACUUGUAUUUUACAUAAAUUUCGAUCAAAUCGAGUUGAAACCCUAUGCAACAGCUUCCUUGUUAAGAAAUGGUUGUUAUCUCGUGUGUUGGAGAAUAUCCACGAUAUCAAUUGGAUUUCGUUGUCCUGAUGGCUUCAGACUUGUGGAUUUCGCUUGAUAUAAAAAUUCAUAUACUGGUUCAAUGAAUUAGGUUUCAAUUGUGUUUGGCUUGAAUUGAAGGUGCCAAAAUGCUUUCCUUCGAAAUGAAUGAUCGCAAAAAGAUAGGGCUAGGAUUGACAGGAUUUGGAGUGUUUUUCUCGUUCUUGGGGAUCAUAUUGUUCUUUGACAAGGGACUAAUUGCCAUGGGCAAUAUCCUCUUCUUCUCAGGAGUGACACUGACCAUUGGUCUCAAGUCAUCACUGCAGUUCUUCAGUAAACGUAGUAAUUACAAGGGAACAAUAUCAUUUGGUGUUGGCUUUUUCUUGGUUAUUAUUGGUUGGCCUAUACUGGGUAUGAUUCUUGAGGCAUAUGGAUUUGUGGUUCUUUUCAGUGGUUUCUGGCCAACAUUGGCAGUUUUUCUGCAAAAGAUACCUAUUCUAGGUUGGAUCUUCCAGCAGCCCUAUAUCAGAUCGUUCUUUGACCGCUACCGUGGAAAACGUGUCCCUGUAUAGUAGUAUCAUUUUCAAAGAUACAAAGCAAGCGAGAUUGAUUAGCCCACUUAUACGAAUUUGUAAAGCACUGUGUUGUAAGAUUUUUAUAUCUAGAAGAGUGAUGAUAGUAAUAGUUUGUUCCUAGUUGGUUGUAUCGGCCUUUCUGUGCCUAAUACAGCUCUUUCUUUGGCCUUUCUGUUCUACUAGUGAUCAGUCCAAAAAAACAAAUAUCAAAUCAUGUACCUAGUUACCACUAUAAUUCUUUUGUUUUCAUUACUCAUUAGUGAUUUUUCUUCACCAAUUA